AAUAUUAUCGAACUUUACUUAACAAAAUCUCCAUCCCUCUCAGAUUUGAGGGAUUAGUGGAAGGAGCGAUAGUCUCUCUUUGGUUUCCUUCAAAACAUGGUGCAGAGACUGUGUCCUAUGGCCUCUCAUAUCUACCCUCCAGGCCUUGUCUUACAACAACAACAACUUCAUCUUAAGGACUAUCAAACAUUUUUGCCUUCUUCUUUGGCAAAACCAGACGUGCUCAGUUACCAGUGUCCUUUUCUUAAGCCAAGUCUAUCUGCCGAGUCGAUGGAAACCCAAAAUAAAUGGUUUGAUGACAAUCAGUUUGUCAAUGUUAAUUCCUCACCUCAAUGGCCUGUAUCAGUUGAUGCCCAAGAAUCCUGCUCAAACGCUGUACUUUUAGGCUUUGGCAUUGUUGAACAAUGCACUAAGCAUGAUAAAAUUUCAAAGCACCUAAAGUCUGGAACUGCUGAAUCGCGUAAAGAUAGUGCAAACAUAUCCUUGAUGUUAGACUUGAUGAAAUUGCAGUUGUCAGGCAUUGAUGAACCUCAACAACCAUUUUCAUCAUCUCUUUUAUACCCUAAUGACAAAUUUGACAUCAAGAAGCCUCUGCUGUAUUUUCUUCAAGAUUCAGCCUUUUCUUCAAAGAUUACCGUUGAUCUUGAUGGUCAAAUCACAUUUAUGGGCACUGAGAUUCAGAUGAAAGAUCUUCUUUCUGUAGUUGCUGAGUCAUACUUGUCAAAGAGCUUACAUAAGGUUGAAAAGCACUCAAUGCUUGUUCCAUACUUCAGCAGGGUGGAUAUCAAUGAAGCAGAAGGACAGAGUCGUCCAUCUACAGUGAAGAUGCAAUCAACCUUAAUUGCUCCUUUAAGGAGUCCUAAGAAAGUGAAAUUCAAACCAUCACAAAAGAAGAACAAGAAAAUUGACAGAGAAAGGGAUCUCUACAAAAACUAUUCACAUGCAUGUGAGAGCCUUUUGUCCUUGAUGGUCAACAAGAAAAAAAGUCGGAAAACAAUGAUUCCUUCGCUGAAGAAAUCCGGUCCUGAGCUUUCUGAGUUUCUUACACAAAUUUCUGCAGGCAUUGCUGGGACAGGCCUUGCUGUUCUACUAUCUGUAAUCUGUAAACAAGCUUGUGGAAGGGUUCUUCUUUCUGCGUCCAGCUUGUUCAAUACCGGGUUAGGAUUUGGGUUGGUUUGGCUUUCUUGGGCAGUAAGUAAGCUAAGGGCCACAAUUGUCAGCAUCAGCAAGAAUGCAGGGAAGUUGGGUUUGAAAGAAGAGGAAAUGAUUCAAAAACUCGAUAAAAGGAUUAGAGAUAUUUACUUCGGCUCUGCGGCAUUGCUAGCAGUGGCAGUGCUAAGUAUUGCUUGAGUAACAAACAUCUCCCAGGAUGUAGUUUGUUGAACUGUAAAUUUGGAUGUCUAAAGUGAUGAUGGCUAAACAAUUCCACUAAGAAAUCUUUAAAACAUCAAUUGGUCAAGAAUCAUAUGCUGUUGUUAAUAGUAAUAUCCUAGUUUGAUGUAGGAAGCAUUGCUUGGUAUUGUAGUUUGUAAUAUAGAAUUUUGUUAUGGAAUCAAGCAACUGACUUUCUUUAGUAGUUAAGCCAAGAAUAAUUAUUAUAAAAUAAGAACUCUUGUCAA